AUGCCAAAAUGCUCAUCUAAGGACCGCGAGCUCCUAAUUGAUCUAGUACGUUCUAAAAGAAUUUUCCCGCUUUUAACAAAUUCAGAUGAAAGAGCUGCCUUACAGGAGUGUCUACUCGCCAUUCCAGAGAGACUGGUCACAAUCAAUACUCUUCUACAGGAUACCCUAAUCCUUGAAAGCCCAGCAAAGGCAAUCCACCAGCUUUGUCCCCUGAAAUUCCACGGUAGCUUAAAUGAAGCUUUGCGUCAUCAAUGGCAUAAUGAAGAAGCGGAGCAAAUCAUCAAAAUCCAAAUCUCAGAAUAUAGCUUCAAGACAAUACAAACACCAAAAAACGCCCUUUCUGUCUGUAUACAGCAAUUAUGGCUAUUUGGACUACGUCACUUUAUGCAUAAGAAGAAGAUAAACAAGGAGAAGGGUCAUCAAGAGGUCUUGACAUGGUCGAGCGAGGCACUUAGCCUUCAUGGGUUCGCUACUUUAGCAAUGCAGCUUGGAUUUGCUUCUCCUCAAAUCAGCAAGCUCAAAAGUGAAGAUAUCAGCAGAACUGUCGCCAGUCAGCUUUGCCAAGAUAUAUGUAGAGAUGGGUUCUACAGCCUCCAACAUAAUGAUUUCCAGUCAAUAUCAGCGGAGUUCUGCAAGCUCUUGGAACUUAUUCCAAGUAGAAGUCACCAGCUUUCGGCAAAAGCUUCCCCUUUCACAAGCGAUGAUCUCGGCGAAAGAGCCAGCUCUAGAUAUAAUCGACCAUCUUUAAAACAGUAA